AUGUUGAACUAUUCAACAAUAAUUUUUUAUUUUUAUUUUUUAAUAAAUAGUAUUAAUUUAAAAACAGAGAAUUUUUUUACAACAUGGAGAACACUAGCAGAAGAACAAGCGACGGUUCCAUUGGUCAGAAUAGCGAGAUCUUCUAGUAGUAUGCAAAAUAGUUUGUAUAGGUGGUUAGAAAAUAUUCAAGAAAAAUUUUUUAGUAAUAUAGAAAAUGUUAAAAGUAAUUCAACGGGAAUUGAUGAGGUAAUUCAAUGGGUGCAAAAUAAAACUAAUAUACUUAAGCAUGCAUUGAAUUCAACUAUGGAUCCUGGAGAUAGAAGUUUUUUAAGUCAAACUCUCAAUUCAUGGAAUAAUCUUACGAGAACCCUUCUAAAUACUACGUUCGGUUUAGAUUUUAAUGACGAUCCAUCCAGCAGCAAUUUAUUAAAUAUGUCUACGCCUUCAUCCACAUCACCUUCAUUUUCCACAACUGAUGUAUCUAAAGCUGCAGAAAACAUUACUACUAUGAUUUCUCAAAACCAUACAGGAAUAUCAGGUUUAUUACCUACAACUUCAAGUGGUAUAGCUCAAGAAUCCUCUUUAGGGUAUAGUAUAUCUGAGGGAUGUUCAGGGAUUUUUUGUGAAUCAACUACCAUUGCUUUAUCUCUUCCUUUUAUUAUUAUUGGAGGUUUACUUUUUUUUGUAUAUCUUUAUAAGUUUACCCGUAUUGGAACAUUUCUUGGAAGAAGUAAUAUAAAAAAAGAAAGAAGAAAAAGAAGGAUAUAUAAUGUGUCAAUGGAAAAUAUUGAGGAUCCUUAUGAAAGUUCACAAGAAACAGAAUCUAUGAAAAGUACAUUAGAAAGUUCAGAAGAAACAGAAGCUAAGAGAAGUAGAUUAGAAAAUUCAGAAAAAACAGGAGCUAAAAGAAGUGGAUUUAGCAGCUUAGCUAAGGCAUUUGGAUACAAAUACAGAAAUAUCUUUCCUUAUGUAGAUAGUAAUUCUUAUGAAAAUGAAACCGUAUAA